AAUGAAGUCUCCCCCAAUCAGUUGUUGAAUUAGUAAAAGGAACUAUGUACUGACUGCCCUCAGUGUAAUAAUGAAUCUUUACAUUGAACCGCGGAUCGACACGGCAGACAGACUGGAGGCCCUGGUCCUGAUCACUGCUCAAGGGUCGGCAGCUACAGAGGAUGAUAGAUACAGUUCCGGAGUAUUCGCCAUCGGCUAUUGCCGCCGGCCCUAAAAUGAAAAGUUUAUUUCAAUUUCCCUUGAUCGAUCUAUGGAUUCGACCACCACCACAGGUAGUAUCGAACGUCCUCCAUUCAUCAUAUUUGGAUAUGGAUCUCUUAUCUUCAAGCCUCCCCCACAUACUAUUGCGAAAGUGCCUGGUUUCUUGAAAGGAUAUGUUCGUAGAUUCGCGCAGAAAUCGCAUGAUCAUAGAGGAACGCCGGAGAAUCCAGGACGCGUUGUCACCCUGGUACACAUAGAGGAUUGGGACAAGUUUUCGAAUUCUGAUCCAUUUCCUUACGAGGACAUUGUUUGGGGAAUUGCAUAUAAGAUUGACCCAGCUUACGAGUCUGAAGUCAGAGACUACCUAGACUGUCGAGAAAAGGAUGGAUAUACCAUGGAAACCAUCGAUAUACACGGUCUUGAUCCUUCCGACGGUAGAACAGAGAAGGUGAUAAUACAUGGCGCAUACUGCUACGUCGGCCGAAAUGAUAACCCAUCGUUUAUCGGAGCCGAGCCCCUGCCCAUCCUUGCGGAAACGAUUUGGAAAUCUAUCGGUCCCUCCGGACCUAACAAGGACUACCUCUACAAUUUAGCCUCGGCUGUACGAGAGCUCUCACCAGCUUCUCACGAUUCACACCUCUUUGCUCUGGAGGAAAUUGUUCGCUCUUUGGAUGCACAUGAGAUUUAGAGACCCGGGAUUUCAUGGGACACGCGGUGGUACUCUAUGGCCAAGACCCAGGUAACACCAUUGAAGUGAGCUCCCUAAUAUGACUUUUGUGCUCUUUUGUCACUCUCGUUGGUUAGUUUCAACGCAUUUGCCUGGAAUUCGAAAUGCAAAGUUAUUUACAGACAUAUUAUUCGGCACUCUGCGAUUGAAUCUAAGUGAAUAAAUGGUCACUCAGGUUGCCGGUUACCAUUUUCCGUUCACCGAACA